CCGGUGGCAGGUCAUUGAAUCCAAUAUUCGAUGUCCGCUAGUUGUACAGUACCUACCGGCAUCACUUGAUAGUCGAAAUGUCAUAGGCAUUCAGGUCCAGGAUCAAACCCAACUUAACUGGCAUGGCAGCCCAAAAUCAAACUCUUACUCCCCUGGUGACAGAGCCUUCAGGCAACAUGACAAACACUUACCUUACCUAUUCGCCGCCUCCAGCAUUCCUUGCCCAUACCUACCACUCACAAGUCUGCCAAUGCAAUGGAAUGCAUGCACGCACAGAAGCAUCACCGAGCCUCUCGCGGGAUUACGUGAGUACCAAGAGUAUAGGUGGGGGUUUGGUACUGCCAUCCCACUUUGUCCCCACCGAAACAGCGAGCGCGCUGGCCGAGAAAAGCGAUCAGAAAUCCGGUCCGGCCACUCAAACCCUCUGUGUUUCCUUCCCGGCCGUUUUGGCGCUUUCGGCCCUUGUUCACGUGCCAACUUUCCUGCACGAGAAAAACGCACCGUGCAUGUUAAGCGUGCAUUCGGGUUCAGCCACAAAAAAACCACGGCAGCGGGCGCCAUGUUCGCCGGGUGGGGGAAGGGGGAACGAAAGAGCGGAGAGAGCGGUGAUAUGGGGCCAUGGAAGCAGGGAGACCCAAUUGAACAUCCAACGACAUCCGAGCACGGCCGAGAAUGCCUCCCCGGGGUCCCCCCAAACUUACACAGUACACGACCGGAGGUGCCAAGCCCCGAACAGGCAGAGGAACGGACCGCCGAGCCCAUGUGCCAACACUGCCAAGGGACUGGUGACUUGCUUCGCAACCCUUCGAAGCCCAUCCGUCGCCGCCGGCUCGCCCUAUCAGAGCGCCCACCGGUGCUUCCUGGCGCCAUCUUGGGGACUUGGGCCAUCUUGGCCUCUUGUCGAGAGCAUCGAUGGACGAAAGGAAUGACGCCCAUUGUCCCCAUUGCUGCCCUGAUCAUAAACCCACAGAACGAUAAGAAUGAGAGUGACUGCCACCCCACUGUGGGGCAUUCGCCGUCUUCCCGCCACACAAUGGCUCGAAUGGCUUCUUCGACCAGCCCGUCGAUCAGGAUUAUGACUUCGUGGUUUCUCUUGGCUGGAUAAGCCAAGAUGCUUGUGUCUCCUUCUUCUGGACCGAUUAACCGGUGUGCAAGAAAAGAUUGCCUGCCUUACUCCCCAUGGGGGAGGGUUGCCCGAAGACAAUGGCUCCGGAUCUCGGGCCCAACGGUGGAAUGACAAUGUACUUAAACAAAGCAAGAUCCCCCGGUUCCCGCCCCUCGUGAUCACAUCUCACCGUCAUACCGUUGAGUAUCAUUGCCAGAUACCUCCCUUGCCUUACCAUACGCAUCGUAGAACUCUUUGUAGAUUCUGCGACGCCAAGUCCCCUGUAUUCAACACUCCAAUGCCGCGAACUGGACCACUUCCGAGGCCGUACUCCAUCAUCCCUGCUUCCCGACUGAACGUAAC